AUGGGGCUGCUCCUGCUGCUUCAGGUCCUCCUCGUCGCAGGGGCGGCGGCGAGGGCUCCGGCGGCGCGGGCGUGGGGCGUGGAGGGCCACUACAUGACCUGCAAGAUCGCCGAGGGUUUGCUGACGAGCGAGGCGACGGCGGCGGUGAAGGGCCUCCUGCCGGGAUGGGCCAACGGCGAGCUCGCGGAGGCGUGCUCGUGGCCGGACAUCGAGCGGCGCCGGCUGCCGUGGUCGGGCUCCCUGCACUUCGCCGACACCCCCGGCGACUGCAAGUUCAGCUACGCAAGGGACUGCCACGGUCCGAAAGGGGAGAAGAACAUGUGCGUGAUCGGAGGCAUAAACAACUACACCGCCGCGCUCCAAGACUCCUCAAGCUCGUAUAAUCGGACGGAGAGCCUGCUGUUCCUGGCGCACUUCCUCGGCGACGUCCACCAGCCGAUGCACUGCGGCCGCACCGCCGACCUCGGCGGUAACACCAUCCUCGUCACCUGGUACAGCACAGCCAAGACCAACCUUCACAAGGUGUGGGAUGACAAGGUCAUCCAGAAGGCCAUGAGAAAGUUCUACAAGGACGACCUAAGCACCAUGAUCGACGCCAUCAAGCUCAACCUUACUGAAAAUUGGUCCACCGAAGAGAACCAGUGGGCGGCGUGCAGUACACAAACAACAACUUGUGCUGACAGGUACGCCGAGGAGAGCGCGGAGCUGUCGUGCCCGGCAUACGUGGGUGUUGAGCAGUACUCCAACUUAGAAGAUGAAUAUUUCUUCUCGGCGAUGCCGGUUGUUGAGAAGAGGAUUGCCCAGGGAGGCGUGAGGCUGGCGGCCAUCCUCAACCGGAUCUUCAGUGGGGAGAACAACAGCAGGCUGCAGAGCCUUUGA